GCCUGCACCCCCAGUUCUCCCAGUGUUGCUUUUCUGGCCUCCUCGUCGCUGCUCUCCUGGCAGCCCUGCCACCAUCCCUGAGCCAGGGCUGAGGGCUGUUGCCAGGCUGUCAUUUGGACGCAAUGAGUUUAAAACCCUUUACCUACCCAUUUCCUGAGACAAGGUUUCUUCAUGCAGGACCCAAUGUCUAUAAAUUCAAAAUCAAAUAUGGCAGCACCAUCAGAGGGGAAGAGAUAGAAAAUAAGGAAGUCAUCUUUCAGGAACUGGAGGAUUCCAUUCGUGUUGUCUUAGGGAACUUGGACAAUCUGCAGCCAUUUGCCACAGAACACUUCGUUGUAUUUCCCUAUAAAAGUAAAUGGGAAAGAGUGUCCCACCUGAAAUUCAAGCAUCGGGAGGACACCUUGGUACCCUACCCUUUUGUUUUCACACUCUAUGUGGAGAAAAAAUGGUUUCAAGAAAACCUGCCCCCCGGGAAACCAGCGAGUGACAUCUCUCCUAGGUUGUUCUUGACUGAGAAGAAAGAAGGGGGUGCCCUGGUGAGGAAACGGAAGUACAUGGAGAUGCCCAACUCCAGCAGGCGAGUUCUGGACAGAGCCAAGAUGGGAUCUUCCAGCCAUGGCCCCAGCAGAAAGAAACCCCUACUGGAAACCAAGAGGAACAUGGAAAGAAAAGCCCAGCAAGUAUGGCAGAAGACUCUAGCUUCCGAUGUCUCUGACUGCCAGGAGCUGGCUCCCAAGAGGGCUGAAAGAGGCCAACCCCUCUCCUUUGCCGAGAGUUAG